CUCUCGUAAAUCUUAAACGUCUAUUACAAAAGUUAAUAUUUGCGUUUACCGACCUGACUUGUCAUAAAAAUUCGACCAGGGUCUCUUCGGCCCUUGUUUAGGGUAUUGCCUUUUAUAAAGGGACUAAACACCUUGUUAAGUCCCGUAAGCACAACCUGUCUUUCAACCUUACAAAAGAGAGAGAGAGAGAGAGAGAGAAAGAGAGAGAGAGAAAGAGGGUCAUUAAGAUCCUACGUUUAAUUCGAAAAAUCGACGUCCAAACGACUCGUUUCGAUUUCAAGGCAGGAAACCGGUUGUCAUGCGAUCACGAAAGAUUGGAUAUACGUCCGGUCUAAUACGACGGUAGCGUCGCUUUUGCAUCUCAAAAUAUAUUCCCCGAAAGCGCGGUCACCCCGUCCUUCCUCAGCUUCCUCUUCUGAGCAAAACCUAUCUCGCGAAUUUCGAGUGCACGUUAAAUGUUAUUUCUUAUUCGGAUCGUGUUCUAACCAGAAAUAAAUUUCACCCUCUCAAUUCCAUAUCCAAAGAAAAGAUUUCUGUUUCCCCCUCCCCCUCCACUCUACCGUAGAAACGUGUAUCGAUUAGAGGAAUUUCUUGCUUUAUUUUUUCUUUUUUGUUUUUUCUCAUCACACAUAACUUGGUAAAAAAUGGAACAUACGGAAUGAAAUAUCGAACAUACGGAAGGUGUUUUAAACGUGGUUUCAGAGAGACGAGUGCUAAGUCGACGAAAAGAAAGAAAAAAAGGAAGAAAGAGAAAAACAGGAGAGAGAGAAAAGGAUAAUAAGAAAAAAAAAAGAAGAAAUGAAAGAGAUUAGAAAUCGUGAGGUCGAUCAAUCGAAAUUCGACACAAUAUCUCUUUAUCUCUCGAAAGUUACGAGACAAAGUCAUCGAGCAGCAGAGAGAUAUAUACGUAUGUAUAUAUAUAUAUAUGUGUAUCAUGAAAGAGGAAGAGGGAGAAAAAGUGGAAGAGAAGGAGUAAGAGAAGGAGAGAAGAGAAGAGAAGAGAAGAGAAGAGAAGAGAAGAGAAGAGAAGAGAGAGGGGGAGGAGGAAGUCACGAGAGAGGCACGAGUAUCGUCGCGCGUCGUGGCGUGUGCUAGACGGCUCUUUUCUUUUUUUUUUUUCUUUUCUUUUCUUUUCUCGUCUCACCAACACACAUCCAACAUCGGUUAAGUGGAAAAGAGAAAAAGAAAGACAGAGAGAGAGAGAGAGAGAGAGAGAGAGAGAGAGAGAGAGAGAGAGAGAGAGAAACGACGACGACAACGACGACUUUGUACGCAGGUGUGUUGAAGAAAAAGUCCUCUUCUCCGUGACCCUCCUCCUCUCGGUGUUGGGUCCUAUGUUACCUGCGGACGUCAAAGCGCAAUGUUCACUGCUAAUCGUUCUUAGAUACGAUAGAUCGGUCGAGAUGGAUGUGAUCGCGUACAAUCAUCACGAGAUCUCGAGUAUAGUGAACGAUAUAGACGGGGGCGACCUCGAGGAGAGUCAGUACGAAGAAGAGAGCGAGGAAAUUGUGCCUUAUUUAGAUAUCGAUCGGAAUUUGUUGACACUCGAGGAGAUCAAUGCCGACAACGAGAAAAAAUACAAGUUUCCAUUCAGGAGAAGUCUUUUCGACAACGUACCACCUUAUAUAACGUUCCAAUCGUUCGACUCAAAGGGCUUGCCGUUGCCCUACGAAAUGAGCAAACACCUUAAAUGGCGAUUAAGUACGAUUACGCCUAUUAUAGUACGUCGUACGCUCGUAAAUUCUGGUUUUCGACUGAUGAAAAAGUCUCAAGAAUGGUCGGGUACCUGGGGUAAACACAUGAAAUCGGCAUGUUAUAAGAACUUGAAAGAGUUCCAAAAGGUCAAUCAUUUUCCCGGUACAUUUCAAGUUGGUCGUAAGGAUCGUUUAUGGCGUAACGUCAGUAGAAUGAUGACGAAAUACGGGAAACGAGAGUUCGGUUUCGUUCCUAGGACAUACGUUUUACCACAGGAUCUUCGUUGUUUUCAUCAGAUCUGGGAGAAAUCAGGUAGCAAGGAAAAAUGGAUAAUCAAGCCUCCGGCUUCGGCAAGGGGAAGAGGUAUUCGCGUUGUUCAUCGUUGGUCCCAAAUACCAAAGAAACGUCCGGUUGUCGUUCAACAAUAUUUGUCAAAGCCUAAAUUGAUCGGCGGUGCCAAAUUCGAUUUGCGUCUUUACGUUCUCGUAACGAGUUUUAAUCCUUUAAAGAUUUAUCUUUAUCCGGACGGUUUGGUCCGUUUCGCAUCCGUUAAAUACGUCGACGAUAUAAAUUAUCUGAGCGAUCGUUUCAUGCACUUAACGAAUUACAGUAUAAAUAAGACCAGCGCUACCUAUACGAGCAACAAUUGCGCUGACUCGUGUUUCGGGCACAAAUGGACCUUGAGGACGCUUUGGUCUUAUCUCGAGAGAGAACACGUGAACGUUUCGAAAUUGUGGUCGAGCAUGAAGGAUAUCGUCGUCAAGACUAUGAUAGCUGGCGAAUCCUCGAUAAAUACUCUUGGUAGACCUAACAUGCAAUCGAGAUACUGUUGUUAUGAACUUUUUGGAUUUGAUAUUUUAUUGGACGAACAAUUGAAACCGUGGUUGCUCGAGGUCAAUAUAUCUCCGUCCUUACAAACCUCUUCGUCUCUCGACGACGCGGUCAAGGGUCCUUUGAUAAAGAACGUCUUCAAUAUCGCAGGUUUUCAAUUGCCCUCUACCAUGCCCACCGAAGACAUAGAGAAAAUAUCUCAGAAAUAUCAGGUAGACACUGUAUGUUUAGAUCUGCGACUUCAUAGAACGACAUUGAGCUAUCAAGAGAGGCACAAACAAUCGUUGUACGCUAAUCUACGUGAUCGCGAGGAUUACAUAGACGAGAUCAUUGAGGAUCUUACACCGGACGACGUACGCCAUUUGAUCGCUUACGAGGACGAAUUAACCCAAUUGGAUAGAUUCGAAAAAAUCUUCCCUACGAGCACCAGUCACGAAUACAUGCAAUUCUUCGACGUUCCUAGAUAUUACAAUAUGCUACUCGACGCUUGGGAAUUCGCUUACGGAGAUAAUCGAGAAAAAGGGAUUUCAAGAUUGCAGAAACUCUGUCAGGCGAAGUAUCAUCUCGAGCAACAAGUGGUUUAUUAUAUGACGAUACCAGGUAAGAAGAGGAAGGACGUCUCGACAGGUACCAGCCACGGCAAAUUAUGGAGUAAGGACGAGUUCGAAGACGACGAGGGGUUCGCGUACGAGGAGAUAACCGAAAGGCUUUUAACGACGGCUCGAGCGGCAAAGUUGCCCAUCGAAGGCGAUCGUUCCGAGACCGAUCGAGUUGACAAAAAGCCGAAGCUACCGAUGCGAGAGAGCCUCUUUGCUCACGUUCCACCGUACAUCAUCUUUCACGGUUACGACAAGAACGGCGCGUCAUUACCUCCGGAAAUUACGAGACACCUGCUCUGGUGGCAUACCAAGAACUUCUCACCGCGAAUGAUACGUCUUACGGUUCUCAAAUCGGGAUUUACGAUGACCGAGAAAUCUAUGGCCAAUUGGUCCGGUACCUGGUGCAACAAACCGGCGUUUCUACGUACGAGGAAACAAUUGAAAAAAUUUCAAAAGAUCAAUCACUUUCAAAAUUGUCAAGAGUUAAGCAACAAGAUCAACUUAUGGAGGAACAUUAACAGAAUGGCCAAAGUAUACGGUAAUAAGAGUUUCAACUACAUGCCGCACUCUUACGUACUACCAAAAGAUUAUGCGGAACUUAAGAGAUUUAUGGAUAGGAAAAGCGGCACCGUCUGGAUCCUGAAACCAGGAGAUUCUUGUGCCGGUCGUGGUAUACGAUUGGUGUCACGUUGCUUCGAGAUACCAAGAAAGUCAUCCUACCUGGCCCAACGUUAUCUAUGGAAUCCGAGCUUGAUCAACGGCUACAAGUACGAUAUACGUUUGUACGUUCUAUUAACGUCGAUCGAUCCCCUUCGUAUAUUCAUUUAUACGGAAGGUCUUGUCAGGUUAGCCACCGUUAAGUAUCACAAUAGACUCGAUACUCUAAAUGAUCGUUUUAUGCAUCUGACUAAUACAUCGAUCAAUAAGCUAAGCCCUAGAUACCGAGGUAACGACGAUCCCAAUAAGCAACAGGGUAACAUGUGGUCGUUGACAGCUCUUUGGAAUUAUCUUCGUUUCAGAGAACGUGCGAAUGUCAAUAAUAUUUGGCAAAAGAUCAAAGGUAUCGUUAUUAAGAGUAUUAUUUCCGCCGAGAAUUCCUUGAUACAGGGUAUGAAAGAUUCUAAUCCACCGAGUUACAACAAUUGUCAAUUGUUCGGUUUCGAUGUACUCUUAGACGUACGUUUGGAACCAUGGUUGCUCGAAGUUAAUGAUUGCCCCUCGAUGUCUACCGAGACACCUUUGUGCGCGAUCGUUAAGGGUCAACUUGCACGUGACUUUUUAAAUCUCGUUGGUUUUCACGUGCCCGAUAUAUUGAGACCGACCGACGUCGAAACAUUAAAAGGAUAUUCGAACGAAUCUCAAAUCUGUUACGAUCGUAAUCUAUACGAUACUUUCUUGUCGAAGAUAGGAAAAGAAAAGCAACGUUCCUUCGAGAAUAAUGCUCGGAAUAAUCGUGAAUACUAUUUGAACGUAAUUCUGAAGGAGCUCACGCCCGAGGACGUGAGGGUGUUGAUACGACACGAGGACGAGCUCGCCCAAACCGGCAGAUUCGAAAAAAUCUUCCCCACGUGCAACACGUACGAGUACUUCAAGUACUUCGACAAACUCAGUUACUACAACAUGCUUCUCGAUGCGUGGGAACACACGUACGGUAAUGACAGGCUUCGAGGUAUCGACAGGUUGAGAAAAUUGUGCAAACAGAGAUAUCACUUGAACCAACAACUACCGUCGACAAAUAUACAAGAUCAAACGGAGAAGAAAGUUAUGAACGCUUCAACGAACACGAUAAGUAGGAGGUUAACCUCGGUGUACGUUUACGACGAUCGUCGAGAGAAGGAGGAAGAUUUGUACGAACUGAUAACCGAGUAUCUAUUAUUGUUCCCUCCGAUAAAAAAGAAUCCAUCGACGAGCGUUGAAUCGAAAUACGAAUUACCACUUCGUGCCAGUUUAUUUCCACACGUUGCUCCUUACGUAGAAUUUCAAGCUCACAACGCAAAGGCACGAUAUUUCCCUCAGGAAAUUCAACAAUAUUUACAAUGGGAUCUUACGUCGGCAACUCCAUCGAUCGUACGUAAGAUCGUAGAAAAAACGGGAUAUCGAUUGUUAUCAGGUUGUACCGGUUGGUGCGGCGCAUGGAACGAGAUCAUGUACACAUACAAUUUCUCGAAUCUGAAGAAUUAUCAAAAAGUCAAUCACUUUCCCGGCUCCUAUGAGAUAGGACAUAAGGAUCGUUUGUGCAGAAACGUCCGUAGAUUGAUAUUACUUCAUAAUAAGAAACGUAUAGACUUUAUACCGAAAACAUAUAUACUACCACACGAUCUCGAGUUACUAUUGAAAAUCUGGAAUAAGGACAAGGAUAAAAAAUGGAUAUUGAAACCGCCAGCUUCGUCUCGUGGCCGUGGUAUCAAAGUAAUCAGUAAUAGAACGCAAAUACCUAGAACGUGUAAUUAUCUGAUAAUUCAGCGUUAUCUCUCGAGACCAAAAUUAAUCAACGGUAACAAGUUCGAUUUAAGGCUUUACGUACUCGUGACAAGUAUCGAUCCUUUGAGAGUAUAUUUUUACGAAGAUGGCUUGGUAAGAUUCGCAAGUAACAAGUACAGAGACAGCUUGUCGACUCUUCACGAUCGUUUUAUGCAUUUAACCAACUACAGUAUCAACAAGUACUCCUCGGAUUAUACCGAGAACGAUACCGUGGAUUCUUGCAAGGGUCACAAGUGGUCCCUCAAGUGUCUCUGGAAUCAUUUGGAGAAACAGGCGGUGAACACCGGGAAUAUCAUCGAGAGGAUUCACGACAUGAUCGUAAAGACUAUAGUUUCCGCGGAAUCGUGCGUCAAUAAUUUUUCUCGCGUAUAUACCGUCUCUUGGUACAACUGUUAUGAACUUUUCGGUAUCGACGUUCUAUUGGAUGAAAAUCUGAAACCUUGGUUAUUGGAAGUCAAUGCUUGUCCUAGUUUACAAACACCUUCGUUAUUGGACGAAACUAUCAAGGGUGCUCUCGUCAGAGAUACGUUGAAUCUCGUCUCGUAUAGGAUACCAGCGGAAUUACCAAAUUGUUCGCUACGUCAAGCGAUCGCUAAAAGCGAACAUUCCACGAUCUGUCAUGAUUUUCGAUUAAACGAAAAGGUAUUGACCAAUAGGGAAAAAUUGAAACAAUUACGAUUCCUUUCUAAGAGGAAACGGCAAACUUACUUGAAUGAAAUCCUACAAUAUCUAACUGCGGACGACGUAAGACGAUUGAUACAAUACGAAGACGAAUUAAAUCGUUUGGGCUCUUAUCGAAAGAUCUUCCCUACCAAGGAUACUCACAAAUACUUCAAGUAUUUCACAUAUCUGAGUUAUUACAAUCGAUUGUUCGACGCCUGGGAGACAGCUUACGGUCGGAAAAGGAACGAGGCUGUUCAAAGAUUGCGAGAAUUGUGUAACAAAAAGUUUCACCUUAGACGUCACAACGACUAACAUUCUUCCUCUUCUUAUUUGUCAUUUUUAUUCCAUAUCACGUUCUAACGAAAUUCGUAUGUAAUAGUCCGAACAAAAUUGUUAACGAGAAAAAAGAAAAAAAAAAAACAAAAAAAAAAAACAAAAAAAAGAAAAAGAAAGAACAGAAAAAAAAAGAAAAAGAAAAGAAAGAAAAGAAAUUGUCGAGAAAAUUGUUCAGUCUAAUUUUUACGUGGACCAAAUGAGUCUCAUGCCUGUAACAGCCACCCGGUUUAAUAAAUCUGUACUGACAAUUUAAUGUCUCUAUUGUGACCGCGACGGUCGACGGUACUGGGCAAACUGAACUUGAUUAAGUUAAUACGAAAGGGGACCAGAUUUCUUCGCUUCCGCCCUUUAAAUUCAAUUACUAGUCAGUUCUACGCUACUUAAAACAUCAUAUAUCAGUUUUAUACAGAGGAAGUAGUACGAUUCGGUGGGAUAUACAGUCCUCUAAAAAAAAAUUCGAAUAUCUAUGUCGACUUACGUUUAUCCUUUUUCUUUUUCCUCUGCUCUCCCAACCACCUUUCUAAAUUUUCACAAAUAUUAUCAUUUUUAUUCAUAUUAUUCAUUACAAUAUUUAUUCGUACAUCGUAAAAUACCUAUUUACGUAUGAUUACAAUGAACUUUGAAGUAUUAUUAUUACACGUCGCGUAUCGCGGACGACGACGAUGACAACCACGAAAGAAAUGACAUUGAUUUUCUUUAAGGGCGUACUAUCAAUAGACAAAAAUAUAAUAUUAUGAUAAUAAACAUUUCGAUCGAGAAAUAAACAAAACCGAGGGAAUUGAUUAUGCUCGGAAUACACAUGUAACAUAUGUUUGUAGCCAUGACUUAUAUAUGCGAGGCAACGAUCGUUCGAAGACAAUGGGCUCGCACAGUGCCGCGACGGUCAAUGAAUUGAUAUCGUUAUUGUAACAACAUAAUAGACAUAUUUUCUUAUUGAGAUUGCAGUACGUCGUAUGCGUGCUACGUACGUGCCGUGCCGGCACGUCUUUAUGAAUGUACUCAUUCAUACGCGAAGACUUCUCGAGUGUGUUGCGUAA